AUGGUGAGUAGAUUAGUAUUUGCAGUUUUCCUAGGGAACUGUCUCUGCUUGCUGCUCCUGUCUAGCUUUACCGAUGCAAAUGAGGCCAACGUUAACUGCUUAAAGACCAUAUAUAACCAAGUUAAGGAUCCAAAUGGAUACUUAACGAGCUGGGUGUUUGGCAACAAGACUGCUGGUUACAUCUGCAAGUUCACUGGUGUGACUUGCUGGCAUGAUGAUGAGAACAGG